CGGCUGCUACGCUGCCCCACGCGCUCCGCCGAUGCCGCAGCGCGGGUGUUGCCGCGUUCCAGCGUGUUCCAAGGCCGUGGGAAAGCCGCAAACGCUGACAUAAUCGAGAAGAAAACCAUGGCGGCUCCACCACGUGAGCAUUCCGUACUGCUGGACCGAAGCCGUUGCUAGCCGCUUUUCAUGACGGUUGACCGUGGAUAUCGCCAUCUGCCCCAGCAAGAACAACCCUUGGUUCCUGCACUUCCCAAGCGAAGCAUGCCUGCUAGCGUCGGAAGAAACAGGCACGCGGUGGGUCAGAUGAGGCAAUUACGGCAUUAUUCCGCAGCUUCGUAAAUAUUCGUCUCCAUUUCCGUUCGUUUUCAUGACACAUUCUUCACCUCACCGCUCGUUUCACGGCCGACUUCGGGAUUUUGAGUGCCUUGGAGUGCUCAUGGCAGGGUCAGGGGCAGUUGCGCGGCCCAGAGGGCGUUUCCUUAAGGUGUCUUCGCGGGUCCUGACUGGCAAGCCGGACGAUUUGCAGCACAGCAUCGUGCCUUCUCCCAUCAGACUUUCUGCUUCCCGCUUUGUCCGGACCUUGGGGGGUCAGUGCUUUUGUACUUGGGCCGAAAUCUGACAAUUUCCAACCCGUUUUUGGUCCGUUCUGCUGGGUCUUUGGCUCCUCUUUUUCGCUGCCAUGUCACCGCACGAAACCACGUCCAAACAAAGCGCCGCGCUUGAUGAUCUUGCAACCACCUUCACCGUUACCACCAAUGGCUUUCUCCCAGCUGAGACUCCGCUAGCGCGCAUACCCGAUGCGUACUAUCAGCCAUGGGAGACUCUGGCUCGGGACCUCCCAAAACUGCUCCGGGAAGGGAAGCUGAGGAGCGCCAUCGAUAAUCUCCCCAUCCUCGACUGCUCUCGGCUCGGCCCGGAGCCCGAGUGGAGAAGGGCGUAUAUCGUCUUGACUUUCCUCACGCACGCCUAUAUCUGGAGUGGCGAGACCCCAUCUGAGCGCCUGCCGCCCCAGGUUACAGUCCCCGUUUUGGCGGUAUCGGAGCACCUCGACCUGCCCCCGGUCGUCACCUAUGCGGCUUCGAAUUUGUGGAACUUCCGCACCACCGGCGCCGCGGGAGAUCCCGCUUCGUUCAGCGACCUGGAGUCUCUGGACUGCCUGCUCAGCUUUACGGGAACCCCCGACGAGUCAUGGUUCUACAUAAUUAGCGUUGCCAUGGAGUGCGAGGGCGGCGACAUCAUCCCGACCAUGCUCUCUGCCAUGGAGCGCAUUUCGGCGGCUGGUACCAACGGCGCGGACGUGUACACCACCGCCACAGCCGCCCUGGAGCAGUUGAUGGCGUGCAUCCGUCGCGUCGGCCGCAUCCUCGACCGGAUGCACGAACGCUGCGAGCCCGAGGUCUUCUACCACGCCAUCCGCCCCUUCCUUGCGGGUAGCAAAAAUAUGCAGGCAGCUGGUCUACCACGGGGCGUCUUCUACGAGCGCGGCGGGGGCGAGGGCGACUGGAUGCGGCUCAGGGGCGGGAGCAACGGCCAGUCGUCGUUGAUCCAGUUUUUCGACCUCGUCUUGGGCGUCGAGCACGCUGCGACCGAGACCCAGAAUUCUGGCGCCGCCCAAGAGCGGCCCGUGUCGCCGACUCUCCACAAGUCCACGCAGAUGGCUGCCGCUGAGGAGGAGCCUGAGCUCCCCUUCCACGAGGAGGUGCGCGCUUAUAUGCCCGGCCCCCACCGGCGGUUCCUCGCGCACGCACGCGCCCUGCCCAGCAUCCGCCGCUUUGCCCUUGAGCCGUUUGAAGCUGCCGACCCGCUGUCCGCAGAGAAGCAGCUGCUCCAGGAGACGUUUGAGCACGCCACCAAGGUCCUGGCCGAGUUCCGCAACAAGCACCUGCAGAUCGUGACGCGGUACAUUGUCGUGCCCUCCCGCAAGCACCAGCAGAGCCAGAAGAAGGGGUCCAUCGGCCUGGCCGCUGCCGGGACCACUCUUUGGCGUGAGCCGCCGCAAAACCCCGUCGCCGUGCCCAAGAACGCUAGCCGUGACGCCGGUGCCUCCCCUGAUGGUAAGGCUUCCAAGGGUGACACACGCGAUCGCCGCAUGUCGGAGACGCAGCUCACUGGCACCGGAGGCACUGCUGUGAUGCCCUUUUUGAAGCAGAUCCGGGACGAGACCCUUCGCGCUGGCCGACCGGAUUCGGUCCAGCUCACAUAGGCACGUGCCCGCUACAUUCUUGCCUACCUUUUAUUCUUUAAUCACUGUUGUCUUGGGCCGAUGCUUUUUUAUUCCCCUCUUCUUCAGUUUGUUUUCCUUUACCCAUUUUUCCACUUCAUUGUUAGUAUCAGCAUAGCGUUUGGGAACCACAAUCCGUGGAGAAGCUGCAGGAAACAGCGGCAUACUUAGGAGUUCCGCAUUAUAUAGAAUUGCAUCCGUGGAGGCUGUCUUCACAGACACAAACUCAGGGUUCUGUAUCAUAAAAUUAGAUUGGAUUUGUCUCAACUUUCAUGCUUCCAGGCACGUUCACUUACUAACGCUACCUAGCUUGAAGAAGCUGUGUGAGCAAUCAUCUCGCU